AUGUCUUCAAUAUCUCCACCCAUGCCCGACAAAGCUCUCCUCAACGAUGUCUUCUUCCCUCUCCUUGAAACCAUCGGCGCCACUCUCUCCAAGAACUUCGAAGUCCGCGCCGCAUCAACAGAAGAUCUCCUCACCGCAACCUCCACUCUCACCGAGUACAUCACUGCCUACUGUGCUCGCAACAUGCGCGGCUCCCGCAACCCUCUCGACCCCGCCGAACUCGCCAUCCACGUCUUGCGCACGCGUAACCCUGCUGAAACAACCACCAACGAUGCGGGCAAGAAGAUCAAGGGCGAAAAGAAAUGGUACUAUCUAAUUCUUGCUGAGACGGAGAAGACAGGUGAUGUACAUAUUUUGGCAGAAGGUAACUUGAGGAAGGAUAAGAUUGAUUUGGUGGAGGGAUUCAUGGAGGCUGUAAUGAACGAGAUUGAGAAGUGGAAUGAUCAGGACGAUGGAUAG